UACUCGAUGACCCUCCCCUUUCUUUUACACUCGGCGCAGGAAGUUGCUCUUUCUCUUCCGGUUGUCGUCUGUACGUGUGACAGAUUCUUAAACGUCGAUAUGGCAAAGUCGAAGAACCACACAACUCACAACCAGUCCCGCAAAGCCCAUAGAAACGGCAUCAAGAAGCCCAGGUCUCAGCGUUAUGAGUCCCUAAAAGGGGUGGACCCCAAGUUUCUGAGGAAUAUGCGUUUUGCUAAGAAACACAACAAGAAAGGCAUGAAGGCAGCAAGGAAAGCAGCCCAGCAGAAAUAAGCCACUUUCCCGUUUCUCGACGCUUAGCUUUCUGUGUCAUGUUUCCAUGAGCAAAAUAAAGCAAUGCUUUCAGAAAACA